ACCUCUCACAUUCAGUUCUCAGCCUCAUGGAUCUCGUUCGUUCACACAAUCUUUGCACUUGCUGCUUUCAGUGGAGCAUUGAUCACUGGACUUUAUCUUCAUUAUCACAAAAUUGUCAAGAACGAGUGGUACGGUUAUCCACUUGAAUGGUGGCCGUCAGUCAGUGCAACCAUUGGUGACUACUAUCCCGAACGAUCACUCUUUCAUAUCCUCAUCGCCUUUACAUCAGGUCCAAGACUCGCGCUUGUCUUCUUCUCUUACCUCUUUCAGUCCCACUUCGCCCUUCGAUCAACCGCUUCGGCACCACUUCUGUGUUUAUGCGGUUUACUACGUACCAUUUCUUGUGGUGGUUGGGUGUAUGUGACUAGUUCCGAUCACCAUGAUUGGCAUGAUGUGAUGAUGAUCUCUUACCUCGUCUUGACCAUACCAUGGCAAUUGGGAUCCAUCUAUCUCUCACCUAUCUCCACCCAUCUCUCCGGAAAUCAAUAUCGCAAGCGUUUCAGUCUUUUGUUCUUUGCUAGUAUUAUACCACUUGUCUAUUUUUACGUUCAACACAAAGUGCGACGGAUCCCUGGAGUCUACGACGUCUUAUUUGAUUCUUGUAGUAUCCUUGAUUUUGCUCAUUUCGAGAUCACGUUUAGCGUGCUAUCAAAGGGGUUCAAUUCCUUCAAAGGGUUUUCAAAAAUUGUAUCUGAUAUAUGUCUUGUGCCUCUUUGCUUUACAGGUUUCGUGUUCUGGACCACUUUGACUGCUUUAGGACCAACAAUAUUUUAUUUUUCAGUUUGGAGUAUGGGAUUGGAUGGAAUGGAAGUUUUACUAUUCUCAACUCUUGCACCCUUUUUACUAUGUUUACCAUUACUUCGGACACUACUUUUAAAAUUAUCACCAAUUCUUCAAAUCCUUUCACUCUUAAGUAUAGGUUCAUAUAUCAUAGAUCGAGAUCAAAGGUUUUACGAUGAUUCAGUAAUACGAUUACAAUUAACAGCUAGUUCAGUAGGAAUUUGUACUUUUUUAAGUGUGAUUGGAUUUGUUGGACCUAAAAAAGAAGCUGAAAGGAAAUUAAAAGGCUUUGGAUUAGGAUUGAUUUUGAGCGUUUUAAUUAAAUAUGCUAAUUAUUCACUUAAUCCGAUGUGGCCGAUCAUGAGGAUGAAGAAUGGAGGGUAUAAUCGAAUUGGAGUAAUUUUAGGACUUUGGGCUAAUUUGGAAGGAGAAGAAGAUGAGGAGGAAGAUGAAGUCUUACCACCUUGUUGGCGCUGGUGGUGUUCAUCGAUAGGCUUAGGAGCUCUGCUUUUCUUAAUCCAUACCCUCUUCACCGACUCGGGUACAAUGCUUGCUUGGGUCUGGGACGGAUAUCCGGUCAAAGGUCCAACAACUGUGAAGCAUGGAUACAUGAUGAUAAUCGCGAUGGCAAUAGGAGUCUUUAUUGAAACUGGCUCACCUAAUGAUCUAUGUUCACAUCCAAUCUGGUACGGUCUUGGAGUCCUUUCAACUAUUGGUCUAACACUUUUCCAUGGAUGGUUAGGUUUUAGUUCUGGAUUGAUAUUAUGUAUCUUUAGUAUUAGUCAAUUGAAUAUCUUCAUUAGAUCUUUAUCAAACUUUUCUCGUCCCGGAGGUUGGACAUCUAUUGGACUUGGAUUUGGAAUUAGUUUUUUGAUUUAUGAUUUACUUGAACUUAUUCAUACUUUUACAGUUGCAUACGCAUUUGUACCUGGAGGAGAGAUUUUUAGAGAACAUACUCCAAUUGUCUUAGCAGUUGUGAUUGGAUUGAUUGGGAUUGGAUUUUUUGGAAAUCAAUACGAUAAGCGAAAAGAAGAAGAAAAUGAACUUGUAGAAGAGGACUUCGUUGAAAAAGGGUUGAUUAGGAAAGCCUUGGGUGCAUUGAUACUUGGGGCUGUUUUAGUGAUGUGGUUCAGGACCGUUUGGAAAGUUAAAGAGGUUUUACCUUAUCAUCCUGAAGAUAGAACCUUGAAAGCUGGUAUUUGGACGGUUCAUUUUGGUAUUGACAGUGGGAUGUGGGAAAGUCAAAGAAGGAUGAGAGAUAUCUUUCAAGAAUUGGAGUUAGAUGUCAUAGGACUUUUAGAGAGUGAUUUACAAAGGAUUGUGAUGGGAAAUCGAGAUUUGACUCAAUUUAUUGCUGAGGAUUUAGGAAUGUAUGUUGAUCUUGGACCUGGACCUAACAAACAUACCUGGGGAGCAGCUUUACUUUCGAAAUUCCCUAUUGUCAAUUCGACUCAUCAUUUAUUACCUUCACCCAAAGGUGAACUCGCACCUGCAAUACAUGCGACUUUAGAUGUAUUUGGCACAAUGAUAGAUGUGAUUGUUAGUCAUAAUGGACAAGAAGAAGAUCCAAAAGAUCGAGAAUUACAAUCAAUCGAAUUAGCAAGGAUCAUGAGAGAAGCAUAUCCUAGACCAUUUAUCUUUUUAGGAUAUGUAGUUAGUAAACCUCAUGCUCCUAGACCUGCUCCUUAUCAAAUCUUAGUAGAAGAUGGAAAAAUGUUGGAUAUUGAAAGAUCAGAUUUUGAUCGAUGGUGUGAAUAUAUCUUGUUUCGUGGGUUGAGACGAGUUGGCUAUGCUAGGGUGACAAGAGGAUCUAAACCUGCUGUAAGUGAUACAGAGAUUCAAGUUGGUAGUUUUCAAGUUCCACCAGAUUGGAUUAAAGUAGAUCCAGAUCGAGAUUUAUCAGAUUAUGUUAGAAUCGAAGAAGGAUUGAUUAAACCUUCAAUGAGGUUUUCGAAUCGAUUGAUGAAUCAAGGAGGAUUUAAAGGUCAUCAAUAUCAUGUUUUAAAAGAGAUCUUUGGUACAGAUGUUGUUUAUUAUAAAUAA